GAAUACACUUCCGGGGCGGUGCAGCAAUGGCGGCGACCGUGCGGGUGCAGAGCGACUGGCACCAGGUGCUGAGGAGGAACGAGGGCGAGGCCUGGCUGAGCUGCAGGAGCCCGGGGAAAUCUACUUUGUAUGGUAGCCUGACAUGUCAGGGAGUAGGGUCAGAUGGGAUUCCAGAGAUCUCAGCCUCUGAGGGUUUUGUUGUAAGCGAAAUAACCAAGAAGAGUAUACUCAUUUCCUGCCCUCAUGAAAAUGCCUCCACAAAGUUUUUGGCACCAUACACUUCUUUUUGCAGAAUUCAUCAGAAAAGUGUCACCUGCAUUGAUAUCUCCAGUGGCGGAGGGCUUGGCGUGUCUACCAGCACUGAUGGGACCAUGAAAAUCUGGCAGGCUGCUAAUGGAGAGAUAAGAAGACAGUUGGAAGGCCAUGUGUAUGAUGUGAAUUGUUGCAGGUUCUUCCCAUCGGGCCUUGUGGUUCUGAGCGGGGGAAUGGAUGCCCAGCUAAAGAUCUGGUCGGUGGAAGAUGCCAGCUGCGCAGUAACCUUUAAAGGUCACAGAGGAGGAAUCUUGGACACAGCCAUCGUGGAUCGGGGGAGAAAUGUCCUUUCCAGCUCUAGAGAUGGCACUGCUCGCCUCUGGGAUUGUGGGAAGUCUGCUUGCCUAGGAGUGAUUGCUGACUGUGGUUCUCCUGUCAAUGGCAUUGCUGUGGGUGUUGCUGACAAUUCUCUCAACUUGGGCACGCCAGAGAUAGCCCCCAGUGAGCGAGAAAUUGGCACAGAAGACAAAAUCCUGCUGUUGGCUCGGGAAGACAAGAAGCUCCAAGGUGUGGGAUUACAGAGCAGGCAGCCGGUGUUUCUCUUUGUUGGCUCUGAUGCCUUCAACUGCUGCACAUUCCUCUCAAGCGUUUAUCUGCUGGCAGGGACUCAGGAUGGAAACAUAUAUCAACUGGAUAUGAGAAACACAACGGCUCCAGUUCAGGUCAUUCACAGAUCAGGAGCACCGGUGCUUUCCCUGCUGCCUUACAGAGAUGGAUUCAUUGCCAGCCAAGGUGACGGAACAUGUUUCAUUCUUCAGCAGGAUCUGGAUUACACCAUUGAUCUCACGGAAGCUGACUGCGACCCUGUGUACAAGGUUGCUGCAUGUGAAAAAGAGAUCUACACGUGCUGUCGAGAUGGGAUAGUGAGGAGAUACCAGCUCUCCAACUGCUGACCUUUCGGGUUAAGGAAAACAGAGGAACUAAGAACCCAACCCAUGUGUCAAAGUAGCAUUUUCACACAAACAAGCAGCGCCACCCUCCUGCAACCAUGCCGCACAUCCAAAAUGCCUCCUGGCUUCAAGAACGUCAGGAUAAAACUCUAAGCAUAGGGCAGUCCAUAGAGUUCUCGAGGAUGGGUGUUGUGCUGCUUAUUACACACAGUGUUUAGACUGUAUUUCCCAGUACGUGGCCCCGAAGUGCAAGACCCUUUUCUACCCACAGUAUAUUUCUGUUCAAUGGGUAAUGGUUAUUUCUAUGAGAAAAUGACCUGGGGUUGGGCCUCAGGCCCUGGGGUAUUCAAUCAGGCAGUAUGAUUGAAACAAAAGGAGUGACUUUGGAUAACAA